GAAUGUUCAUUCAGGUUAUUCACAUUCAUUUGGGUUAAAAGUGGUAUUCCAUUUCCGGCGAUCGCAUAAUCGGUGCUCGGUCGUUUUUAAUGGUUUGAAAACGUUUUUGGUGAGGCUCUGUAGGAAAUAUAUAGAAAACAGAGAAACACCAUGGCACCUAACAAUCCACUCCCAAACUGGGGGAAUGAGAAAACGAUGAACAUGAAUCCAUUGAUAUUGACAAAUAUUCAGGCAUCACCAUACUUCAAAGUCAAUUUGUAUGAGUUAAAAACCUACCAUGAGGUUAUUGAUGAAAUAUACUACAAGGUUGACCAUUUAGAACCAUGGGAAAAGGGAAGCAGAAAAACUGCAGGACAAACAGGAAUGUGUGGAGGGGUAAGAGGAGUGGGUGCGGGUGGAAUAGUCUCCAGUGCAUACUGUUUACUGUACAAGCUGUAUACGCUGAAAUUAACACGUAAACAGCUGAUGGGAUUGAUCACACACAAGGAUUCCCCUUACAUCAGAGGACUGGGAUUCAUGUACAUCAGAUAUUGUCAGGACCCCAAGGAUAUGUGGGACUGGUACGAGCCGUACCUGGAUGAUGAGGAGGAAAUAGAUGUGAAGGCAGGAGGAGGACACAAAAUGACCAUGGGGGAGGUGCUCCGUCAGUGGAUGGUCAAAUUGGAGUGGUACUCUACCUUGUUUCCCAGGAUCCCUGUACCCAUCCAGAAGGACCUCAUGCAGAAGCUGAAGGAGAGGCCCCCUCAGGCCCCGGGGUACCAGGAGGAAGAAGAGGAGGAGGAGGAACCUGAGCCUGAGCCUGAGAGGGAGGAGCCGAGGAGACCCAGACACAUCCCUGAUGGAGAGGUGUCAUUCGGUGAAGCCGAGAGAAGUGUCCAACACAGAAGAUCUCCAGAAUACAGACGUUCACAAAAUCGAUCAUCACCAAGGCGAAGAUCAAGAUCUCCAAGAAGACGAAGGUCCAGAUCGCCGAGGAGAUCUCCAGGGAGAGAAAGGGCAAGGUCACCUUACAGAAGAAGGAGUCCACACAGACACUCCCCCUCCAGGAGACGAUCCCGGUCCCCAAGGAAUGAUUUUGCUCGGGAGCUGGAAAGAGAGCGCAGGAGACAGGAAAGAGCCAAAAGAGGUGACCGCUCAAGAAGUAGAGAAAAGCAAAUGGGUCAUAGGUCAAGGAGCAAAGAGAGGUCGCGAAAACGGUCAAGGUCACGAAGCAGAGACAAGCCAAGACAAAGAUCUCGUUCAAGGAGCAAAGAACAGUCAACACUUUCAGGGUCAAAGUCGCAUCGUUCAAGGUCGGGGUCACGGGAACCAAAGAGGAAGAAGGAAAAAAAGCAUAAACAUAGGUCAAGGUCGCGGGAACGAAACUCUAAGCAUAAAUCACACUCCAAACAUAACCGAGAUGUUGAACAGCUCUCCCCAGCUAGAGAGGAAGAACAUGCAAAAAAUGCUUCUUGAUCUAACUAAUGGUUUAGUGCAAGAGUCUGCCUUUGAAUCAUCAACGUUAUUCAUGUUCAUUUACAUUUUUAGUGAUUUUUUACAUGAAAAGGAAACAAUGGGAUCAAACACUUUUUAAUAUUAUUUGGUGUUCAGCGCCUUUGGUAUUUGUCUCUUUUCAAAACAGAAUACUGAGGUGUAGUAAUUUUAAUUUGUUUUUAUUCAAUCAAACAAUUGAGAAUCACAAUGUACAUGUAUGUAAACUGCGCUACAAAUAGAAAAUCAAAUUGCAAUUGGUAAACUGCAAUAACAUAUGAUAUUGAAUGUCGCAUAUUCAUUAUUUUCAUUUUGAUCCAUCAUCAUAGGUGCAACAAAUGAGUCAAAUAUAUAGUGUUAUGCAUUGUCUAGUUGUAUUUUACUUAAAUGCCAUGAACCUCAUUUUCCAUCUUUCGAUUGUGAAACAGUUUUUAGCCGUCAUAUAUUUUAUAAUAAAAAAUUUCCAUAAAAA